UCUCUCUCUCUCUAACAGAGCGGUCCUCGCUCUCUUCCCCCUCCUCCUACUCUUCUUCCCUCCUCCCUUUCACACUCUGUUGAUCAGCUCAGGAAAAGGGGAAAGUGCUUGUGUGAAACCUGAGGCUCACUGGCAGACUGAGGGAGCGGAAAGGGAGCGUGCGCGUCGUGUUUUAGCCUGCAAGUAGUGAGCUCCCGGCCAUGUGUUCACCGUCCAAGAGGAGCCAGUGGAGGGAGGAGCUGCGCCACUUCCGGAAGGACCCCCGCUUCUCCAGGAAGGUCCUGCUCAACUGCUGCCUGGUGCGACGCCUCAUCGCCUGGGCCUCCCCGGACCCAAAAGACAGCGUUGAAGAUGAGCUUGAGCUCUCCGCAGUCCGCCAUCGCCCCGAGGGCCUGGAGCAGCUCGAAGCCCAGACCCGCUUCUCCCGCAAGGAGCUGCAGAUCCUUUACCGCGGCUUCAAGAACGAGUGUCCCAGCGGAGUCGUCAACGAGGACACGUUCAAAGUCAUCUACUCGCAGUUCUUCCCACAAGGAGACGCCUCCACGUACGCACACUUCCUGUUCAAUGCAUUUGACACGGAUCACAAUGGCUCUAUUAGCUUCGAGGAUUUCGUCAUGGGCCUCUCGAUCCUCUUGCGAGGAACCGUGCAGGAAAAACUCAACUGGGCUUUCAACCUCUACGAUAUCAACAAAGACGGAUAUAUCACCAAAGAGGAAAUGCUGGACAUCAUGAAGGCCAUCUACGACAUGAUGGGGAAGUGCACGUACCCCGCCCUCAGGGAGGAGACGCCCCGUCAGCACGUGGAGGUUUUCUUUCAGAAGAUGGAUAAGAACAAAGACGGAGUGGUAACCAUGGAUGAGUUCAUCGACUGCUGCCAAAAUGAUGAAAACAUCAUGAGGUCGAUGCACCUCUUUGAAAACGUUCUCUAGCUUUCGGCCCGAGCGGAGGAGGAGGAGGAGGAGGAGGAGGAGGAGGAGAACACCACCUUUAGCUCGGCCCAGUGACUGACUUGGACUCGCUCUGUGUGCUGUGCAGAACCUCUGAUCAUAGACUCAGCUGUUGUCCAGGACCGGGGGGGGGGCCACGGGGCAGGAGCACGCUGGGGAGCACUCUGGAAUCCAGUCGCCUUUUCCCCUCACACGAUAUUGGAAAAAAAGCAAAUUGAAAGGACAGAACAAAAUGCAACGUUUCCUACAGCUCCGGUUUGAAAAUUUCACUUCAAGGUUUCAUUCCACCAUCUGUCUCCGGAGUCGUCUUUUUUUAUUUCCUUUCUGUUUGCCGUCUGUAAACUGUGUUAGGCUUCAAUGUUUGGGAACACACUGGGAAUAAGGAGGGUCUGGACUGGUUUUCGCUUCCGUCGCAGCUUCGACUUGCUUCAUUUGCUGCCAAGUGAAAUCACUGUGACUUUUAGACGCCAUCACCAGAAAAAAAAAAAAAAACAGGAAAUCAUGUUUCAACAUUCCAGACUGGGGGGGGGGGGUUUGGAUUCCAGAGUGUUCCUACGCUUUGCUCUUUUGAAAGUAAAAAAACACACAUUGUAACAUUUAAAAAAUUGUAUAUACUAUAGGUAAAAUAUAUAUAUAUAUGAACUCUAUGAGAAACUUUAGUUCAUGUUUACUUGCCAACGAGGAUGAGACAACACGAGGACACUGAAGUCCAAGAACACCGGUAGCUCCAUUUACCCAUGAGCACAUCAUAAGGCGUUUCCCUCCCUCCAUGAAAUAAACGCUGCUUCCAGUGUAUUUCAUUUCACCCUGUGUAUGUAUAUGAUCUGUAAAGUAAACCAGUUUGUUUUUAUUUCAGUUUCUGAAGCACUGUAAGAGGAGUGAACACUGAGAGGAGUGUCCCGGGUUAUUUAUACGGUUGUUUAAAAACACUGUCAGCUGUAAAGUAUUCAAAUGGAAAUUCACUUUUUUGGGCACAAACUAUUUAGCUCGUCACGUUCUGGGUUCCUGCUGCUUUCCAACUCUCCUGUGGGCUCAGGGCCACCUCCCCCCCCCCCCCCCCCCCGCCACCCGACCAUUCAGCCUGAUUGGUUCCUGCUGCCUUUGAUUAAAGCAUUGAUUGGCCCCAAACGGGUGCAAAACACGAGGCAUGCUGGGCAGGAGUGCACCUACUGCGUCUCGCUCACGGGGAAAACUACCAGAGUGCUGCCACUGCAAGUGUCCGGAUGUUAUGUAAGUAAUGAGUGUUUCCGGCUGCAGACGCAAACCUGAGUUGGAUUUGUGCAUCUGACAGUUUAUCAUGUGGUUUUUCCAUCAUCGUUGCACUGUAUGAGCAGAAAUCGGAGUCACACACUUAAUGACUCAUGUUGGUUCAUUUAUUCAGCAAAGAAAAUGGCAGGUUCUUCCCAUUUGUGUCCUUUUUUUAACUCGUGUUUCUCCCGGAGAAGAGACGAUGUGUACGUUUACCAUCAAACCUGACUUUCUGUUUAAUUGUGGUUUGUGUGCCUCGCUGUUUGUAAAACUGUCAGUUCAUGUUUUUAUUCUCGGUACGUACCUGUAUUAAGAAAUCGGGGGGAUACAAGUCACUUUUAAAACAUCCCGGCGGAUGCAGAUACUAUUUUCUGAAAAGGUAAAUUGUAGGACAUUUUUACAUUUCUUCUGUAAAUAGGAUCCGAAGCAUCCGAGGCGCUGGUCACACACUUUGGUGUUUGUCUUAGAGAAUAUUUUGUAGUACUGUGAUAGGUGGGAGAACAAAGUAUAUAUUCAUUCGAGUGGACAAAACAUCUGUCACGUUAAGGAUCUCACAGGACCACAGGGACCUGGCCGCAGCUUUUCCUCCGUCUGUGCAUUUCUUACGAUGGUGCAUGUGGAAUUUGGUGGGUUUGACUUGAAAUGUCUUUUGUAUGCUCGUCCAUGACCUUUUAGAAGUAGUUUAUUACCCAAUGAGAGCAAAGCAUGUGCGAGGAUGAGAAAGUGCAUCGUUCUUUUAUUGUGUCUGACUGAAGAGCGGUUGUCUGGCGCUCCCUUGUGGCGAAAAGAUGAUGGCACACGCUGAGGCAAAAAAUUGCCCGUUGGACUGGAUUUAACAAACAAAUAAAUUCUACAUCUACAGAA